AUGGCUUCCUUUAAUAUCCCAAAGGAACAAUGGGCACAAGUACGCCAAAGGCCCGGCGGAUCGGUCAUUUAUAAAAAAGUGCCCGUGCAAAUGCCCGGCCCUGAUGAGGUCUUGGUUAACGUGAAGUACUCGGGCAUCUGCCACACCGAUCUACAUGCUAUGACGGGCGAUUUGCCGCUAAAGAGGAAGACUCCUCUGGUUGGUGGCCACGAAGGCACCGGUGUUGUGGUCGCCAAGGGUGAGCUUGUGACGAAUCUUGAGAUUGGUGAUCAUGCCGGUAUCAAGUGGCUGAAUGGCUCUUGUUUGACCUGUACUUUCUGUUUACAAGGCAACGAGAAGCUCUGUCUCCGGCCUCUCCUGUCCGGCUACACUGUCGACGGCACUUUCCAGCAAUAUUCUAUCGCCAAGGCAACGCACAUCAUCCGCAUUCCUAUCGAUUGUAGCCUAGAGGACGUUUGCCCUAUUCUCUGCACAGGUCUCAUGGUCUAUAAGGGGCUCAAGGAGUCCGGUGCCCGCCCCGGGCAAUAUGUCGCUAUUGUGGGUGCGGGUAGUGGCUUGGGAUGCUUCGCUCUACAGUACGCCAAGGCCAUGGGCAUCCACAGCAUUGCCGUCGAUACCGGGAGUGGCAAAUCCCAAACCUGUACAGAUUUGGGCGCAGCGACAUUUAUCGAUUUCGAAAAGUCCUCAGAUAUUGGCAGGGAUAUCAGGGCCGCAGUCCCAGACGGAUUAGGACCCCACGCUAUCAUUCUGCUCGCAACCCACGAGGAGCUAUUCGAGCAUGCAUCCAAGUAUGUCCGUUCGCACGGCAGUGUUGUCUAUAUUAGUAUCCCAGGUCAUAUGUACCUCGAGGCGCCGAUAUUGGAUACAGCCGUCCGCAUGGUCGGUAUCGGAGGCAACAAUGUGGGGAACCGGCAAGACGCGGCCGAGGCUGUUGAAUUCUUCCGGCUCGGGCUGAUUAAAGCGCCGCACAAGCUUAUCGGUCUGAGCCAGCUCCAGGAUGUGUAUGAUCUGAUGCUAAAGGAUGAGUUUGUGGGCCGGUACGUGGUCGAUACGAGCAAAUGA